AGACCACAAAGAAGACGAAUCUUUGCGACGUGUUGUUCGAUUGCAAGUGCGUGAAUUUCAUCGUAAAAAAUCGACUGCACAAUGCAAGGACCGGCCGUAUUUAUCGACGCUGAGAUCGACGAUCAGGCCCAGGAGCUGCGACAGUUUUUGAAGCAGCAGGGCGCCGAAAUCAGCGAAGAAAAAUCGACCAAGGGCAUCGAGGAUGAUCUGCACAAGAUUAUCGGUGUGUGCGAUGUGUGCUUCAAGGACAAUACGCAUUCGCCGGAAGAAAUCGAUGCCGUGCUGAACAGCAUCGUUUCUAUCAUCGUGUCAAUACCGUUGGAGCGGGGUGAAAACUUGAUCCUGUCGUUCUGUGACAAGAUGACGAAAGCGAAGGAAACGAACCUUGCUCGGGUGUGUCUGCAGUCCUUGUGGCGCUUGUUCAGCAACCUGGAGGUGACUUCUCCUCUCCGGUACCAUGUCUACUACCAUCUAGUGCAGGUAGCAAAGCAGGUAAACCAGGUGAAGGAAGUGUUCACUGGAGUCGAGCAGCUGAAGGCUCAAUUCGCCCAGUGUCCUCCCUCAAAUGAGCAAAUGCAAAAGCUCUACCGUCUACUGCAUGAAGUGCUGAAGGAUACCAACAGCGAGCUAGCCUCGAAAGUAAUGAUUGAGCUGCUCGGAACGUACACCGCCGAGAAUGCAUCGUACGCACGUGAGGACGCGAUGAAAUGCAUCGUGACAGCGUUAGCCGAUCCCAACACCUUCCUGCUUGAUCCGCUGCUUUCGCUGAAGCCGGUCCGAUUUCUUGAGGGUGAGCUCAUCCACGACCUGCUCUCCGUGUUUGUGUCGGAAAAGCUGCCAAGCUACCUGGAGUUCUACAAGCACCACAAGGAGUUCGUCAAUUCACAAGGUCUGAAUCACGAACAAAACAUCAAGAAAAUGCGUCUUCUAUCCUUCAUGCAACUUGCCGAAAGCAAUUCGGAGAUGUCCUUCCAGCAGCUGCAGGACGAGCUGCAGAUUAAGGAGGAGGAAGUGGAACCGUUUAUCAUCGAAGUGUUGAAAACGAAGUUGGUACGUGCACGGAUGGAUCAGCGUUCCCGCAAGGUUCACAUUUCCAGCACAAUGCACCGAACGUUCGGUCGUCCCCAGUGGCAGCAGCUGCGUGAUUUGCUGCUCUCGUGGAAAUCUAAUCUUACGCUUGUUCAGGAAAAUAUCAACUCGGUAGCUGCCGCUCAGAUGGAGCUAUCCCAGCGUCAGUGAGUUGUGUAGGGGUGUGUCCCAC